CGGACGUGGCACAUAAGCAAGAGGCGCGGCAGCAGUUCGUUUCGCAUAGAGCAAGGCAACCAGAAAGCAGCAAGCAACAAGCGGCAACAGUCGACAGGAAUCAACGAUAAACGACAGGCGCCACACAGCGAGAACAACGGGCAACAAGCCUGUCCGCCUCUUUGCAGAACAAAAGCAUUGCCACGACCUAAGCAGCGCUUUUAUAGGCGCACCGGCCCCACCAUUCCCAUGCCAGCGCGCAAGGGGCUGUUAGCGCCCCAAAACACAUUUCUGGACACCAUCGCCACGCGCUUCGAUGGCACGCACUCGAACUUUGUGCUCGGCAAUGCGCAGGCAAAUGGCAAUCCAAUUGUUUAUUGCUCGGAUGGGUUCGUGGAUUUGACAGGAUAUUCACGCGCUCAAAUUAUGCAAAAGGGCUGCUCAUGUCAUUUCCUCUAUGGACCGGAUACGAAGGACGAGCACAAACAGCAAAUUGAGAAAAGCCUCUCCGCCAAAAUGGAACUGAAGCUCGAGGUGAUUUUCUACAAGAAAGAAGGUGCUCCGUUCUGGUGCCUCUUCGACCUUGUGCCCAUUAAGAACGAGAAGCGCGAUGUGGUGCUCUUUCUGGCCUCCCACAAGGAUAUCACCCACACCAAGAUGCUAGAGAUGAACGUGAACGAGGAAUGUGAUAGCGUUUUUGCCCUUACAGCUGCACUGCUGGGCGCUCGGUUCCGGGCCGGGUCCAAUGCCGGAAUGCUGGGCCUGGGCGGCCUGCCGGGGCUGGGCGGGCCCGCGGACAGCGAUGGCGAUGUGGAGGCCGGCGAGGGCAACAAUUUGGAUGUGCCUGCCGGCUGCAACAUGGGACGCCGGCGCAGUCGUGCGGUCUUGUACCAACUCUCGGGGCACUACAAGCCCGAGAAGGGUGGUGUCAAAACCAAAUUGAAGCUGGGCAAUAACUUUAUGCAUUCAACCGAGGCUCCAUUUCCCGAAUAUAAAACACAAUCGAUAAAGAAGUCACGCUUGAUUCUGCCCCAUUACGGUGUGUUCAAGGGCUUCUGGGACUGGGUGAUACUUUUGGCCACCUUCUAUGUGGCCCUAAUGGUGCCAUACAAUGCAGCGUUCGCCAAGGCGGAUCGACAGACGAUGGUCUCCGAUGUCAUUGUGGAGGCGCUAUUCAUAGUCGAUAUUCUGUUGAACUUCCGCACGACCUUCGUCUCGCGCAAAGGUGAGGUCGUGUCCAAUUCGAAGCAGAUUGCCAUCAAUUACUUUCGAGGCUGGUUCGCCCUGGAUCUGCUCGCCGCCUUGCCCUUUGAUCAUCUGUAUGCCUCCGAUUUGUAUGACGGCGAGGAAUCGCACAUCCAUCUUGUGAAAUUGACGCGACUGUUGCGCCUGGCUAGAUUGUUGCAAAAAAUUGAUCGAUACUCGCAGCAUACGGCCAUGAUACUGACAUUGCUGAUGUUCUCCUUCACGCUGGCCGCCCACUGGCUGGCGUGCAUCUGGUACGUGAUAGCGGUCAAGGAGUACGAAUGGUUCCCCGAGAGCAACAUUGUAUUUUUUACAGGGUGGCUGCAGCUGCUGGCCGAACGAAAGAACGCCACUGUGGCCAUCCUGACGACGGCAGAAACCUACUCAACGGCCCUGUACUUCACCUUUACCAGUCUCACGUCGGUGGGCUUCGGCAACGUGUCGGCCAAUACCACCUGCGAGAAGGUCUUCACCAUUAUUAUGAUGCUUAUUGGAGCUCUGAUGCAUGCCGUGGUCUUUGGUAAUGUGACGGCCAUCAUUCAACGCAUGUACUCCCGGCGAUCCCUGUACGAGAGCAAGUGGCGCGAUCUCAAGGAUUUUGUGGCAUUGCAUAAUAUGCCCAAGGAGCUGAAGCAGCGCAUUGAGGAUUACUUCCAGACAUCCUGGUCACUAAGCCACGGCAUUGAUAUAUACGAGACUCUACGCGAAUUUCCCGAAGAGCUGCGUGGCGACGUAUCCAUGCAUCUACAUCGUGAAAUAUUACAGCUACCGAUAUUCGAGGCUGCCUCGCAGGGCUGCCUCAAGCUGCUGUCGCUGCACAUAAAGACAAACUUCUGCGCACCCGGCGAAUAUCUAAUCCACAAAGGCGAUGCCCUCAACUACAUCUACUAUCUGUGCAAUGGCUCCAUGGAGGUGAUCAAGGACGACAUGGUUGUGGCUAUAUUGGGCAAGGGCGACCUGGUGGGCUCCGACAUCAACGUGCACCUGGUGGCCACAAGCAAUGGCCAGAUGACCGCCACCACCAACAGUGCUGGCCAGGAUGUUGUCGUACGCAGCAGCAGCGACAUAAAGGCGCUCACCUACUGCGACCUGAAGUGCAUCCACAUGGGCGGACUGGUGGAGGUGCUGCGUCUGUAUCCGGAGUACCAGCAACAGUUCGCGAAUGACAUUCAGCAUGACCUGACCUACAAUCUGCGUGAGGGCUACGAGAAUCAGGACUCGGAUAUCGGACCCUCCUUUCCGCUGCCCAGCAUCAGCGAGGAUGACGAGAAUCGCGAAGAGGGCGAGGAGGUCGCCGCGGAGAAGGAGAAUGGCGCAGUGCCAGCCAGCGGGGCAACACCCUCGCCGCUGCACAGCGUAAGCAACGCUUCCCCGCUGCAUGCAACACGAUCGCCACUGCUGGGCUUGGCCGGCAGUCCACGGAAUCAGCGGCUGAACCAGCGUGGCCGCUCCUUGAUCACGCUGCGGGAGACGAACAAGCGGAACAGGAAUCUCAAUGCGGCCUGCAGCCUGGACCGUGGCUCCUUCGAGGAGCCCGACACCGAAGGCGACGAGCCGGGCGUGGCCAAGCGGCCAUCGCUGGAGCGGCUGGACUCGCAGGUGUCCACCCUGCACCAGGACGUGGCCCAGCUGAGCGUGGAGGUUCGCAAUGCGAUCAGUGCGCUGCAGGAGAUGGCCUUCACCUCGACGGCCAUGACCUCGCACAGUUCCCUGAAAUUCCAGCCGGCCCGCUCCAUACCGAACAUUAGCGGCGGGCUGGCCGCACGCGCCGGCCUGGGCCUGGCGGAUGCCGCUGGCUUGGACUUGAUGGGCGGACACCUGCCCAAUGGUGCCGCAGAGGCGGCGCCCAUGCACAGGAGCACGUCGCAUCCGCCCGAGGUCUGGGGCCGCGAUGUGCAGCUGCCGGGCAGCUCAAAGUCGGAGCAGCCCGCGACAGAGACGACAGCGAGCAGCGGUGGCGAGCCGCCACGGACGACGGCCAAUCGCAGCUCCCAGACGGACUUCUAUCGCAUCGACUUUCCCACCUUCGAGCGCUUCGUGUUGGCCAAUCCGCGGCUGGUGCUGGGCCUGUUGGGCAUCGAGCCGGCCAUCAAGAGCGAAAUGGAACUGCUGCAGCAGAAACAGACACUUCAGAUAUCGCCACUGAACACCAUCGAGGAGUGCAUCUCCCCGGCAGAUCCCACACUGGGCAGCUCCAAGGAGCGUUUGCUUGGCCCGACUGGAGGCUCGAAUGGCGGGUCUGGUCGCAUCUAUCCGCCGCUGGACGAUGAGAAUUCGAACGAUUUUCGCUGGACCAUGAAGCAUUCGGCCAGCCAUCACAGCUGCUGCAAGAGCACGGACAGUCUGCUGCCACCGGAGGAGCACAUGGCUGCACCAGCGCCGCCUGCGGUGCCGGCUGAGGCGCCACCUCAGCCCCAGGAGCCCCGAUCCAAGCGGAUACGACGCAGCGCCAGUGGCAGCAAUUCGAGCAUCUCCAGCAGCAGUUCCAGCUCCAACAGUUGCGUCGUGUCGCAGAGCACCGGCAAUCUCACCACCAGCGCCUCGGUGCACUGCAGCAGCAGCAAUCAGAGCGUGGCCAGUGUGGCGACCACAAGACGCGCCUCCUGGAAGCUGCAACAUUCGCGCAGCGGAGAGUAUCGACGGCUGUCGGAGGCCACCGCAGAGUACUCGCCCCCGGCGAAGACCCCAAAUCCGAUUCCGAUACCGAUUUCGAUGCCGCUGGCAGCGACAGCAGCCGGCUAUGGCAGGGACGAGGAGGAGCGUGUGGAGCUGCUGGGGCCGCGACGUGGCUCAAGGCCCGUUCUGCUGGGCGUGAGCCAGGGCCAGGGCCAGGGCCAUGGGCAGGCCGUGAAUUUUCGCUUCUCUGCCGGCGAUGCUGACAAAUUGGAGAAGGGACUGCGUGGCCUGCCAUCCACUCGCUCCCUACGCGACUCGAGUGGCAAGUAAGCGAAGGAGGAGACGGCAUUGUUUAUGGAUGACUGGAUGAAUGUGCAGAUGGAUGUUGCAGGGUGCUUGUGGGUGGCAUGUGUGGACUCAUUUACAUGCAGCCGCUGUGCGUGAUUUAUGGCCUAAUUAAAUACUAAAAUACGAAGACGCUUGUACACUUAAUAUUGUAUCUCCAAGAUGCACAGCAACGAGCUGAGUUGUUCAUUGAUUUCGACCCUUUGUUGGGUUGUAUUAUCCGCUUCGGCCACUUGUCUUUCGAAGUGAUCUAAUAAUGGCUAGCGCAAAAGUUAAUUUAAGCGAUUAGCUGUAAGAAACUUGAAGGAAAUUUCGUUAUAAUUAUAAUUUGCUGAUAGUUUGUUAAGUACAUAUCCAUACCCUUUGUAUCCGCCAAGUUGCAUUCCCCUAAAGUUAAGCUUGAGCCAGGCAGCAGUUACAUAUUUGUUGUACAGCAUAUCAGAGAGCAAGAGAGCUAGUGAGAGAGAGUGAUCGAAACAUGUACAUUUUGUAGGCUAGUGUAUUUUUGUAAAGAAACGCGUCAGGCAGGGAGGCAGUUAAUCCUGACUGUCUACAGGGAAAGUGCAGUUCAAAAUGAACAGAUAUACAUACAUAUAUAUCUAUAUUUUCCUAAUCAAACAGUUAUAGAUGUUGGCUAUAAACUUUAUCAUAUGAAUGUUAAAUUUAGAAACCAAAUAUCUGAAUGUUUAGGCCAUGGAUUGCGAAACGUUGCAGCUGAGUGAAGGUACCACUCUAUAGACCUCCGAUUAAUGUUAAUUAAAUGUAUGUGUGUGUGUGUGCGCGUGUGUAGAGCUUGCUUAGCAACUGAAAUAUUGAACAUAUACUUAAACAAAUGGGUGAAAUAUUAACUAUAUUGAAUCAACGACUCGCAAUCGGAAAUGUUUAUCUAUGUGAAAUGACAACAGGCCUACAGUUGAGCAAUUUGCAGCUACCUGAUUGAGCCUAGUAUCUGGCAAAAGUGGGAAUAAUUAUUUGUAGACACAUAAGAUAAAAUCCAAGACAAAACCCAUCCACAUGCUAGUCAGAAGGAUGGGUUGGGAUGCCAUAAGAUAAUCGACAAUCGUGUGCAACGUAACAUACGAGCACUACAUUUAUUGAAUGGACAAGGGUUCUGCUUCAAAAGUGAACUUUUGAUCGUUGAUGGAAUGAUGCAUUUUUGUGAUUCGCAGCGGCAUGUUAUUGUUAAUCGGCAAAAGUGUUUAAAUUCGAUGUUUGUUCAAUGUUUAUAAAAAUAUUCAAACUGAAAACUGUGUACAUUUCCGGCAAACCCAUGUACUAUAUCCUGUAUGUAUGUAUAUGUAUAUUGAUUGUAGCAUAUCUAAAUAUCUGUGUAUAUUUGUAAUUUGCUCCAAAGAACUAUAAAGACUUGAGCUUCA